UUUGCUCCUAGAGAGAAAAAAGGCAAACCGGACUGCUGCCAAGCAUCAAAUCGGACAUGCUUUGACGGCAAAUGGGUUAGAGCAAAACUUCAAAUCGGAAAAUAAAAGUUUUUGAUGCAAAUUUGAGCCUGAUGUUGCUAUGACGCAUUACAACACUUUUAAUAAUGUGAAGAAUAUUCGAUACAUAAUAGAUGUAGAGGACACAAGAUGUCGAGCGCCUACUUGGAAAAAGCUCUCGGGGCGGCGCCGCCCCCAGCACCACUGGAAUUUGUCGCGUUCGUGGUGCCGGUUUUUUUACUGUGUGUCAUUAUUCCGAUCGUACCGUACGUACUGCUGUGGCUGUACGCGGCGAUCUACAUGGUUAUCUCUUGCGAUGCGCGGGGGCUGAAGAAGCUGCCGCCGCCACCACCAGAGAGCGUGCCGAGCAUUAAGGUGCGGAGAGAGCGGACAAUCUUUUUUCUUCGCCAUGGUGAGUCGGAAUGGAACUUCGUUUUCAAUAAGAAGCCGGUCAUUCUCGCUCCGUUUCGGCUCGUGUAUACCUGCAUCAAGGAGUUUUUCCUCUUUGGCCGGGACUCGCUGUUCCUCGAUUCCCCGCUAAAUACAGAAGGUGCCUAAGUCUUAAUGACGAUGAUAUUUCUAAGCCUACUCCUGGUUCCAUUCUAUUCAUUUGAAAUAUGAUGCACAUACAAAGGCCGUGAAACGCUUUUGCCGUCCAUAUUGUAAAUACACGCACAUUAGAAUGUCUAAAAUGAGACUCGAUUCAAUACCACCAAGAUUUCCCUCUGCUCUUUUGUCCUCACACGCAGGUCUAACGCAGGCAGCAGAAGCUGCCGAUAUUGUUGAGAAAUUGGUGCCGGAGGAUGCUGUAUUUGUCGCUAGCCCUCUCCGUCGUGCAGUCAGUACUUUGUUGUUGGCGUUUGAAAAGAGACUGCAAAGGAAAAGGGUCAAAGUGUGGCAUUGCUUGCAGGAAAUAAGCCGCAACGUUGAUACAGCAAGUACACACGUCUAAUUAUGUCCUCUUAUUGGUAGAAGAGAAUCUAUCGCUCUUCCUGUCAUGAGAUGACACAAUCAAACGUACUUAUACAAUCAGGCGUCAAGAUUGGUUUCUCUGAUGUUGUCUAGUCCCAAUCAUACGAAAGUCUAGAACCCACUAUGCUUGAAAGCAUGGAUUACUCCAGGCGAGAAUUUUCGUUUUAUCCUUGUUCAGGUAUCACACCGGCGCGCGAGACACCACCUGUUAGUCGAAAAGAGCAGAAGAUGUACCCCCAAUGUGUGACGAUGUAUGAUCGCGUGCUCGACGUUUCGGGUUUCGAGGGCAACAAAACGCUUGGGCGCAGAGGCGUGAACCGCAUUCAAGAAUUUGCGAGGAAGAUCUUUGAUCAACCGGAGUUGCGCCCGAAGCCUCUCGUGGUUGGAGCACAUAGUCUCUACUUCAAACACUUCUUCAACAUCUACUUGCCCGAGUUGACUGCCUACGUUAAGGCUACAAGAAAUGUCAUCUGUUGUUCUACUAGAGGAGUUAGCUCUUUUUUGUCUAAGGUCACCUACCUGACCAUCUUCGCCAGCAACAUCGUGGUCCUCACAAAAUAAUGGUAUGAAGGAAAGUGAGAAGGGCUGAAGAAUGUAAUGUUUCAACCAUUAACACUAGGGAUAAACGGGCAUCAAGUCGAUGCCCACUUGAUGGAUUUGGCUUGCUAGUUCUAACUACAGACCCAAACAACUUUCCGACAAUCAACGCGAUCUUGCAACGCUCGCGCGGACAAAGAAGAUCCACAAUUAAGGAUCAACUUUCAUUGGUCAUUGAGGUUAUUCACUGAGAUCCCUCUUGAGGGAACAGGGGAAAAUGAAGGGAAAGCAAAGGGAGAGGCAUGGGGCCCUUUUCUUUCAGAGUCAGUGACCACUGGCUGCUGACCUUUAACACAGCGGCGGCCUAGUCUCCUUCGUCUUGCAAGAGUGCGAGACCAUCAGCGGUCAAAUGUUCUACCGCGUCCGCCCUGGAAGCAUCAAGGAGGUCUACAAGGGGUUUGAAGGAAGCAAGAAGACGCAGUAAUGAAGAUACUUGUGGUUCUAGUAGUGGACAAGAACCGGAAAGAACUCUUGUGGAUGGGUCUGGUGCGACCAUGCAUUGACGGAGAUGUGACAAAGUCCCACACCUCGGUAAACUGUAUAGAAAAUUAGAAUGAUACACACCUGAGAUGAUAAUCCACAGCAUUUACAUAGAACUAGUGAAGAACAAAAUGUGCAUCAGAUGAAAGAUAUAGCGAUGAUGCAAUGGCAUCGUUUUCAUCUACUUAAAUUAAUGUUCUUGAGAAUAUCACACUGACUUCAUCAACUAAAUACAUGUUGUUCUUGAUUAUCUUCCAGAUUCUCCUCCUAAUAAAGUUGCAACCUCACAAUUUGAGACGCCCGAGAUGAAGUUGAGUAUUUCUGCUUCAAGCACACGGGGUACACAAGGUUGAUCCUCAUAACGACUGAUAACCAAGAGAACAAAUUUGCCGUCAUACGCACAGACAGUGGGAAAUCAUCUUGCUGUAUUACCUUCCUUGUUACGAAAAUUUAUCGUCGUUAUGGACAGCAUUACUUGUGCACAAAUGUAACAAGUCCCCUUAUCGCCGAAGCUUUGCAGUUUGUGAGUCGUUGUAGGCGAGGUAACCGCAG